CCAUUUAGCAGCUAAUAUACUUUAACCUGUCCUCUCUUAACAGCUUCAUAGGGAAAACGUACUAUAGAGCCAGUCUUAACGAUCAUUAAACUGGGAGGUGCAGAAUAAAGGGUGGGAGGUGCUGAAGGAUAUAGUGCAGUGAUAUUUGGCUCAGCGUGUCCUUCUUUUAUAUCUCUGCACACACUGGAUUUCUCUCUUCUGGCAAGUUCAGCAGUUAACAGUAUGAAUUCCCUCUGGACCUUUGGGACAUGGAUAUUUAUUUUAUAUGCAUGUGCAGAAGGCUUGCCAAAAGCACCUCGAGAUGCGACUGAAAGGAACUGUACAGUCAGCCCUCCGUAUCUUCCGCCAACUGUAAAAAAUACCACAAGACAACUGAAUGACCUGCGCCAGAAGAUGAGAGAGAACAACAUCAGUGCAUACAUUGUACCAGCCACAGAUGGACAUUUGGGUGAAUACAUAGCUGAUCGAGAGAAGAGGAGGAACUGGUUGACAGGCUUUACAGGAUCCUCAGGCAUUGCAGUGGUCACGCACACACGAGGGGCUGUGUUUACAGACAGCAGAUACUGGAUUCAGGCAGAACGAGAGAUGGACUGCAACUGGGAGCUGGAGAAGACUUUGUCAUCCUAUGCUGUUGUCACUUGGAUCCAACAAGAAUUAAAACCAGGAGAAGGAGUUGGCUUUGAUCCCUUCUUGUUCUCCAUCGGUGAAUGGCAGAGUUAUUCCAGCUUAAUACAAAAUUCAGGGAUGACUUUUCAGUCCAUACCAACAAAUCUGGUGGAUUUAGUGUGGGGAAACCAGCGUCCCUCGCUCCCCAACAAGGACAUUUAUGCCCUGAAAGACGAGUUCGUAGGAAGCACCUGGCAAGAGAAAGUGUCCAUCAUCCGUGCAAAGAUGAAAAAUCAUGCGCAGAAACCAUCAGCAGUGCUACUGUCUGCAUUGGAAGAAACUGCAUGGCUUUUCAAUCUUCGAGGACAGGACAUUCCAUAUAACCCAUUCUUCUAUUCGUAUACACUACUUACGCUGGACUCUGUCAGGAUGUUUGUUAAUGUAAGCCGAAUCACCAGUGAAGUGCAAACCUACCUGAACACCGACUGCACACCAUCUUGUGUCCAGCUUAUUGAGUACGAUCUUCUUAGAGACACACUAUUGGAGUAUGUAAAGGGAAAUGUGAAGAUAUGGAUUGGGCAAAGCUACACCAGUUAUGGAGUAUAUGAAACUAUACCAAAGGACAAACUUUUGGCUGAAGAGUAUUCUCCAGUCUUAACCACAAAGGCUGUGAAAAGUGAAAAAGAACAGAAAUUGCUGAAAGAUUGCCAUAUCCGGGAUGCAGUGGCUGUCAUCCAGUAUUUAGUAUGGCUGGAGAAAAAUGUGCCCAGUGGCUUAGUGGAUGAAUUCAAUGGAGGAGACUAUGUAGACAGUCUAAGGGAGAAACAGCGGUAUUCCCAAGGCCCAAGUUUUUCCACUAUUUCUGCCAGUGGCUUAAAUGCAGCUCUUGCUCAUUACAGAGCAACUAAUGAGACAAAGCGUGAACUGAGAGUGAAUGAAAUGUAUCUUGUUGACUCUGGUGGACAGUAUUUCGAUGGGACUACAGACAUUACAAGGACUGUGCACUGGGGAACACCAACAGAUUUUGAGAAGGAAGCAUAUACACGAGUCCUGAUGGGGAAUAUUGAUUUGACCAGACUAAUAUUUCCUCAAAGAACCUCUGGAAGAGUGAUUGAGGCAUUUGCCAGAAAAGCUCUUUGGGAAGCAGGUCUAAAUUAUGGGCACGGUACUGGGCAUGGCAUUGGUAACUUCUUUUCUGUCCACGAAUGGCCUGUGGGCUUCCAGUCUAAUAAUGUUGCGAUGGCCAAAGGAAUGUUCACUUCCAUCGAGCCUGGUUACUAUCAUGAUGGGAGCUUUGGAAUUCGCAUUGAAGAUAUUGUACUAAUAGUUGAAGCAAAGACUGAGCACAUGUUUGGAGGUGAACCUUACCUUGCAUUUGAGAGCGUAACCUUGGUCCCAUAUGACAGAAAUCUCAUUGACAUCAGUAUUAUGACAGAUAUUCAGAUUGAUUAUGUAGACAAGUACUACAAGAAAAUAAAAGACCUAGUGGGGCCUGAGUUACAAAAGCAGAACCUUCAUGAAGAAUACGAGUGGCUGGAGAAGAACACAAGACCUUUAUCACACGGUGCUCUGACCUCUGCAUCAUUGCUCCUCCUGAGCUUAACUGUGAUGGCUAAUGGCUUUAUGAAUUACAUAUGUGUUUAAAGAAAUGUUCUAAAAAUGGUUGAAAGAUGAGGAAAUGAAUACAUGUUGUUUACUAUGUAAUAAAAUCUAAAUGUGUGCUA